AGAGCUACAAGGCUGGAGGCUUGCACAUUGCUCUGAAACUGACUGAAUUCUUCCAGUCAACGUGGACUCAAGGAGUACAAGGAUGCAGCCAUUGUCCAGUUGUACAAGCAGAAAGGCAAAAGACAAUCCUGUGAGAACCAUCUGGGCAUCUCCUUGCUGUCAAUAGCUGGUAAAAUCCUCGCCAGAAUUCUGCUGAAUCUUCUGCAACAUGUGGAACAAAGGCUCCUGCCUGAGAGUCACUGUGGCUUUAGGAAAGGAUGUGGGACCAUAGACGUGGUGUUUGCAGCUCUUUAACUUCAGGAGAAAUACCAGGAAUAGAGCUCAGACCUGUGCAGUAGGGAAGAUGCUCUCCUUGGUCGGAGGCAGGGGAGUGGAUGAGAUGGAGGAAGAAGAUUUAAGUGAAGGGGGACCGACAAUUGCCUCAAUCAUGAACAGAGUCAGAGACCUGAAAAGUAAAUACAAAAACGAAGACAAUGUCACUGAUGAAUUCAAUUUCACCAAAGUGUCAGUUGAUUCAACAGACAACUCAGGCACUCUUAAUCACAUAAUGAUGACUGCAAAUAAUCCUGAAGACUGGCUGAGUUUCUUGCUUAAGUUGGAAAAGAAGGGCAUCCCACAGGCUGAUGUGGGCUUAUUGAAUAGAUUAAUUGGUCGUUACAGUCAAGCAGUUGCUGCACUACCUGCAGAAAAAUAUAGUCAAAAUAAGAGCUAUGCUCGUAUCCUAGUGAGAUUUGCUGAGCUGAAAGCUCUUCAAGACCCAGAUGAGGCACGGGACCAGUUUCAUCUUGCCAGAUUGAACUGCAAGAAAUUUGCUUUUGUCCAUGUGGCUUUUGCACAGUUUGAAAUGUCACAAGGAAAUUUAAAGAAGUGCAAACAGCUUCUUCAAAAAGCUGUUGAAUGCUGUGCAGUUCCACCAGAGAUGCUGGAAGUUGCUCUGCAAAAUUUGUAUUGUCAGAAACGGCAGCUGCUUUCAGAUGAAGAGAAAGAGAACUUUGCAGCGUCAGGCUCGCAAGAAUCCGGACUACAAACCAUGCUUGGAAGUUACAGGACUAGGAAAAAAAGUGAUUCUGGUGACAUUUCUGGGAAUUUCAGCAGACAUUCUCUUGGGGAGAACAACUCUCAAGAGCUUGAUGCAGUCUUUGGUGGCCACAAUCCUUUAAAGCAGUUAAACAAGAUUAAUCAGGUUGGCCCAUUUGGGAGAGUUCCUAUUAACUUAGUAACAGAUGUUGAUGAUGUGAAGAUGAUGGAAGUUCCAGUUACAGCUAGUGUUACAAAGAGGCAGGUAUCCAGCUCCAAAUGCACAAAUUUGAUUGUUCCUUUUACAAUGCAUGAACCAAAAUCUUGUGGUGGUGAUUCACACGAACUGGGAGAUCUAAAGUUUUUACAGGACAAAAACUUUGUCCAAUCACAGUUGUUGGAUGAAGAGAGUAUAGAAACUGCAACUGCUUCCACUGUAACCCUAAAAAAUAAAACGGGUUCAAGUCUUGCAACAAAAAGAAAAGAAGAAAUCAAAGUGCAGUAUCAGGGGUCAAAGAUGCCAGAGCUGAAAUGCAUGGAAAGUCACCAGCAACAGUCUGGUUCCACUGGAAGUGAAAGAGAACAAGAGGAACAGUUAAAACUAAAUUGUGUUAUGCCUGGAAGAAAACGAACAAUUCAAGUGGGGAAUCAUAGGAGCUAUGCAGAGGGAAAACCAUCAAGUUUUGAACAGCCUGCCCUUCCCAUUUCAAAAGGAUUAUCACCACCAGAAGCUGUUCCUAAAAGAAAUGAUCCAGCAUUUAUUUGUGGAACCCCAAGCAACACACUGAAUGAUUAUAUGUCUUGUUUCAGAACACCAGUUGUAAAGAGUGACUUCCCACCAGCGAAUCAGUUUUCCACUCCAUACAACCAACUUCCUUAUUUUCAGCCAUGUACACCAGCAACUCCAUUUCAAAACCAGUUUGGCUUACAGGUUUCAGCUUCUAUACCUUCAAAUGAAUGCAUUGCCAUUAAAGGGAGAGUAUACACCAUAUUAAAGCAAAUAGGUAGUGGAGGUUCAAGUAAGGUGUUUCAGGUACUAAAUGAAAAGAAGCAUCUGUAUGCCGUCAAAUAUGUGAAUCUAAAAGAAGCUGAUCAGCAAACGGUUGAUAGCUAUAAGAAUGAAAUUGCUCAUUUGAAUAAACUGCAGCAACAUAGUGACAAGAUCAUCAGACUUUAUGACUAUGAAAUUGCUGAACAGCAUAUCUACAUGGUAAUGGAAUGUGGAAAUAUUGAUUUAAAUAGCUGGCUUAAAAAGAAAAAGAAUAUUGAUCCAUGGGAAAGAAAGAGCUACUGGAAAAACAUGUUGGAAGCUGUUCACACAAUCCAUGAGCACGGCAUUGUUCACAGUGAUCUGAAACCAGCAAACUUUCUGAUCGUUGAUGGAAUGCUAAAGCUAAUUGAUUUUGGUAUUGCAAACCAAAUGCAGCCAGAUGUAACAAGCAUUGUUAAAGAUUCCCAGGUUGGCACAGUUAAUUACAUGCCACCAGAAGCAAUUAAAGAUAUGUCCAAUUAUGGAGAAAAUGGGAAAUCCAGAUCAAAGAUAAGUCCCAAAAGUGAUAUUUGGUCAUUGGGAUGCAUUUUAUAUUGUAUGACUUACCGGAGGACUCCAUUUCAGCACAUAACAAAUCAAAUCACAAAACUUCAUGCUAUAAUUGAUCCUAAUCAUGAAAUAGAGUUCCCAGAGAUUUCAGAAAAGGAUCUUCAGGAUGUCUUAAAGUGCUGUUUGAUAAGGGACCCCAAAAAAAGAGCAUCUGUUUCCGAAUUGUUGAUGCAUCCAUAUGUCAACAUUCAAGCCCAUUCAGAGACAGGUGGUCCAAAUGCAAAAGGAACAACAGAAGAGAUGAAGCUCAUUCUUGGCCAACUUGUUAACCUAAAUUCUCCCAACUCUAUUUCAAGAGCUGCUAGAACUUUAUAUGAACAGUGCAGCAGUGGCAAGAGACUUGAUGUAUCUGCAUUUGCAAAACGUGGCAACCAAACAUGGACAACAAAAUGAAGCACUGUUGAGCGCGAUUUACUAAAUAUAUGUUAAUCCAGUUAAUAAAAGCAGCACAAUUCAUACAUUUUAAGAGGACACUAACAAAAUAAAGAUUCUGUUUCUUUAUCUCUGAAGCUAAUAACAACGUUGAUUACUAAAACAGAAUUUUAAAAAUCUCAUACUCUUCACGGUGUGCUGCCUGUUUACUCUUUGCAUGUCACUUGGGUUGAAAAGUGAAAAUGUACUCACACAGCCCUUCAGUAGUUUGGUUUACAGAUCUUUGUAUGAGUGUGUAAAUAACUUUUUGCUCAAAUGAGGAAAAAGAAAAAAAAAAUGUAAAUGCGUUAAAAGCCUACACAUCCAAAGCAUCUGACUGCAUCCCUGCAAAUACUACUUGAAAGCAUAUCCUGUGUAACGUAUUUCUUCUUUUUUAUUCUUGACCAUCACCCAGUGGCUCAACUGGGAAUCAUCUUAAGUUUCAGAAAAUAACCACUUCUGUAUUUUUUUUUUUUGUGGUUUUUUUUUUUAGCAGAAGAGUGCUAAACUACAGCACUUGUUGAAAAAUGAAAGUCUCUUGCAGAUUGCAGUUAGGUGGAAAAUUGCAUGUUGGAGGCAUUUUGAUUAAAACUCUAAAGAAAUAGUGUAAAUAAAAUGGCUCUCAUUGUGUAAAAACAUUCUUUGUAAAUCCCUUUAGAAUCCA